AUGGCUUCAACUACGACCAAUGGGGCAACGACCGCGGCCAAGACCAAGUUACAUGGGCGGGUAUUCUAUGAAAGCAUAGGUAGUCCUAAGUUUGUACUUGCGCCUAUGGUCGAUCAGUCCGAGUUCGCCUGGCGCAUGCUUACUCGGUCGUUUCUCACUCCAGACGAGAACUCGAAACUCUUAGCUUAUACUCCUAUGUUCCAUGCUCGAUUAUUUAAAGAAACAGCCAAAUAUAGAGAAUCGCACUUCGAAGCGACUCGACCCUCUCCGUCUACUCCUGCUUCGACAACGUCGAAUUCUACGCCUGCAUCUACAAACACCGAACAAUUACCCCCACUCCUAGAUGGUAACCCGGCGUUCGAUCGUCCUCUGUUCGUACAGUUCUGCGCCAAUGAUCCUGAACACUUACUGGGUGCAGCAACCUUGGCCGCGCCUUAUUGCGACGCCGUCGACUUGAACUUAGGUUGUCCCCAGGGUAUAGCGCGCAAAGGUCACUAUGGCGCAUUCUUGCAAGAGGACCAGGAACUCGUCUACAAUUUGAUCAAUACCCUUCACAAGAACCUCCCCGUGCCUGUAACAGCAAAGAUUCGUAUAUUGGAGACUAAGGAGGACACUCUAGCUUAUGCUAAGAAUGUGUUGGCUGCGGGAGCAAGUAUCAUUACCGUCCACGGACGAAGACGAGAGCAGAAGGGUCAUAUAACUGGUGUCGCAGACUGGGAAUACCUACGCUAUCUGAGAGAGAACCUACCUAAGGAAACGGUCAUCUUCGCCAAUGGCAAUAUUCUCCAGCACGGAGAUCUGGAAAGAUGUCUUGAGGCAACGGGCGCUGACGCCGUCAUGAGCGCGGAGGGAAAUCUGAGCGAUCCGGCCAUCUUUGCGCAACCACCACCUCCUGGACAAGAGGGACGAGAGUAUUGGCGAGGCUUAGAUGGAAAGGGCGGCUAUCGAAUAGACGCCGUGUUUAGACGUUAUAUGGAUAUCAUACACAAACACGUCCUACAACGGGAUCCGCCAGCGCGAAGGCCCUUAUUUAUUAUUGGGGAUGAUGAGGGUUGGCUUACCGAAGGAAAAGAUAAGGAUCCAGAGCAGGAGGAGGGCCCGGCGCGCAAGAAACGGAAGAAGGAUGGUGGCAGCAGGAACGAGAAAUGCACCUCGCCGAAUCUCCUUGCGGUCCGACCUCACUUAUUUCAUCUCUUGAGGCAUUUCAUAUCGAAACACAUAGAUAUCCGUGACGCUCUAGCAAAGUGUCACGCUGGCGACGUUCCAGCUAUCGAAAAUAUUCUCGACAUGGUAGAGCGGCGUGUAGCAGAAGGCCUUAUCGAAUACGAGAGGACUAGAGGCAAAAGCAUAGAAGAACCAGAAGCACAACCCAAAUCGGUAGAAAAUAAAGAGUCGGCAGAAUCGACAAAGACAGAAGACACCGAGAACGCAGAAUUCGACCCGGAAAGCUCGAUAGCAACGGUCAAGAAAUGCAAGCGGCCGUGGUGGAUUGCACAACCCAUAGUGCGGCCACUUCCGAAAGAGGCCCUGGCGAACGGGAGCAUAAGUCUAAGUAAGAAGGAGAAGAAAAAACAGGAACUAGAGGCCCAAACCGUGGCGGAAAAGGAUGUAAACACGGUCGAAAAGGGGGUAGAUGCAGAAUUACCGAAGCCCGACGGCGUAACAGGGAUUAAGGAACCCCCUAUGGAUGCGAAGAAGCCGGGACUUACGGCUGAUGAGCUGGUCUAUAUGUCUACCGCAGACCUGGAAUACUCAGCAGACGGCGAAAUCGCCACCUUCUUCGUCAAGACCUCCAUCACCCGGGCCCAAUGCGACGCCCGAGCGGCGGAACUCGCGGGGGGCGGCACCGUCGUUCCGGUCGGAAUACAGGGGGUCUGUAGUUAUUCCGUGUAUGCCGGGCGAGACCAGGAGUACGUCGUACAGUUCCGGCUCCGGUCUCUGGGGCUUAAGAUGGAGACUGCGGUGUUAGCGCGGGAGGUUUAUGGAGAGUUGGUCCCGACGGUUUCGUUUGAAGGGCGGAUGGGAGUGGAUGGGGAUGGGAAGGAAGGGGUUUGUGUGUAUUUGAUGAGUCGAGUGCGGGGGGUUACGUAUUUGGAUUUUACGCUGGCGUAUGAUGGACCUGAUAAUUCGCAGGAGUGGCUUCGUUGGCGGAGGGAUUUGAUGGUGGAUAUUGCGCGGUUCUUCGCCCGCUCGUGGAACGCCCCUCAGCUGGUCAGUCCAGAGGAUCGUGAGAAGCUCCGCGGGACAUACGUUAGAGAGUUACGGCUGUUAUACUGUGCACUUCCGGAUCGCUUUCGCCGUAUUAUCCAGAACUGCGUCGAUUCCCUAGACGCUGUUAUGUCCCUACCUAUGGUGCUCCUACACCGUGACUUCGGCACGUGUAAUAUUAUAGUCGACGAGACGUCGUGUCAUCUCGUCGGCGUUGUCGAUUGGGCUGAAGCCGAGAUAUGCCCCUUCGGGCUAAAUCUUCAUUUUCUCGAGGCUUUAACGGGGAAACUUCAUCUUCGCGACGGCUGGAGCCGAUAUGGGGAUUAUGCCACUUUGCAAGAUGUAUUCUGGAGCACAUUUACACAGCAAGUGGGAGGAGUGGAUGAAGAUACCGUCCGAACUAUCAAACUUGCACGGAUCACGGGCUUACUGCUUUCUGUCGGCUUCACUAGUCGUCUUGCGAACGAACCUGCUCCAUUGCCUAUUUGUGAUGAUGAAAUUGGACGGUAUAAGAUGCUAUCCCUAGAUGGGUUUCUUAUUAAUCCAGAGACGAGGUUUCAUGACCUUGCGGCAUGA